UCACCGACUUCUACUUCAAGAUGAUGAUCGACAACAAGGACUCUGGUUCUUCGCCAACGACGGUGCACAAGUGCAACUGGCGUUGCCUCGGUCCCUUGACCUUCCACGGACAGGUUGUGGGAAGCAAGAUCCGCCUGAGCCAGGGGGGUCGGCUUGCUGAGAGGAACGAGGACACGUUCAGGGACGGCCUGGUGUUCAGCAACCGCCCAGUGAAACCUGACGAGAGGAUUCGGUUCAGGGUUCAUAGCUGCGUGUCCAGGUGGAUGGGAGCGGUGCGCGUGGGCUUCACCAACGUGCCGCCGUCAUCCAGAUCGCAGCCUCUGCCUGGCAUGGCCAUCCCCGACCUGACCGGCGACUCCUCCCACUGGGCCGCUCCUGUGGAUGAAUCGCUCUGUCCUACAGGCUCUGUGCUGGAGUUCUGGGUCUCUAGUAGUGGUAAAAUACUCUGUGCAGUCAACAACAAAGUCUUCAACCUCCUGUCAGGAGUGGACGUCAGCAAGCCGCUGUGGGCCAUGAUUGACGUCUACGGACAGACUUCCUCCAUCUGCCUCCUGGGUUCUGAGAAAAAGGGUUGGUUCCGCCAUAAAACCUCCUGCCCUGCACCUGACGCUCUCACUAUACCCUACACCAGUUUCAGACCCGAUCAUAUAGACCUUGAAAACGGCGACGACUCAGUCUCCUGCCUGAACUUGGAAAUCCCCUCAGAAAGCUGUUGUGUGGUGUGCAUGGUGCGAGAAUCCACGUUCACGCUGCCUUGCGGCCACCGGUGUUUAUGUCAUCACUGCACCUCCAGAGUCCUGGAACAAUUUGGGUUCUGUCCGCUCUGUCGAAAGGAAAUCAUCGUUUCCUCUUGAGCUGAUUGAACGCUAAAGUGUCAAACUACUCAAAGACUGUAGCAAAAAAAAAAGAAAAAGAAAAAAAGGACAGUGAAAUGAAUGUGUCCUGUGUUUCCUGGUAUAGUUGGGAUUAUUGUAGCCACAAUGUCCCAGAUUGAAGUAAAACCAGGACAACCCUCCCCUUUGCAGCUGCAACUGAUGCUGCAAACCUAGGUCUGGGUCCCUGUACCACAUGCGGAUUAGGUUUGCGUGGCAGACAGAGGUUAAAGGCCUCACCGUCCUGUUUUCUGAGGGUGCUUGUCUCUCUCAUCUUUUCCAAGGCGGGACCAAAAAGACCUUUGGUUGGGUCAUAGGCUGCAUCCAUGACCUCUGCCUUCUGAGAGUCCCCCAAGCCUGAGAGGUUCAGCCACAGGGCCCUUUCACCGGCGACAGUGAGCCCCAUGACUCGCCCGCUGCCCUGGACAGCUCCUCUGGAUGAGCGCAGGAUGAGAUCAUUCACAACACAAAUUUCAUCCCACAAAGCAGGGUUAGGUGAUCCUGAGUCCAGCUGGCAGCCUAUCUCCUCCAAGAUUUCAGCUUGAUAUGCAGAUAACAGUGUGACAGCUUUAAGAGCACAUACAUACGGCCCUGCAUAUGUGUACACUCUCUGAUAAAUCGACGCCGUGAGGCGGUCUGAUUUAGAUGGGAGAGGAAUAUUGGUGGAUGCUGAAAGUGAUCUGUGGUUAGGAUGGAUGUGGUAUGCCACUGAGGGCUCCACAGCUGGGGGUUUGGUCAUAACUCAAAGUAAUGCUAGCUCCCCUUGAUGCGUUAGCUAAUGUUACAACUGACACCGUUCGGUUACUUAAAACCGAGCAGUAGCGGGAGCAGCUCGCCUUAACGCGGUCACUGCUCCUGAGUGUAACCAAAAGAUACUUCUCACGAAGUAUUACUCAGCACGAGUCCAAAGCUGAAGCCAGGAACUGUGUUCAGCGACGUACUCCUUAAGCUAACCUAGCUAGCCUGAAAAUGCUGAGGGAGCUUGUUUGUAGUUUCUCACAGGAAGAAAGCGAGAAUGAGUUGGGAGUGGUCAGUUGACCGUGGUAUUACUGUAUAUGGGAGUGGAGCCCUGAGCACGGCUCAACCUGUCAGUCUCAGACAGACGUAAUGUCAUUGGUGCUUCCGUAGAUGGUCACGCACCAAACGAAGUUAGAAAAAGAACUGCACUUUUAUUGUAAAUAUAAUCAACAACGAAAUUGUUUUUUUUGCACUCAUGAAAGCUGGUUAUUUAUGUAAAAAAAUGUUAAUAAAAAUACAUGUUUAUAUGUCUUAAUUGCAUUUUCUGGAAGUAAAUUUGUAUAUGUGAUUUUUUUAUUGUUACCUUUGAAUAAAUGGAUAAACUGCAUUCAGUUCAA